UGGCGGUCGAGGAAGAACAGCUGAAAACACAGUUUUCAGCACGCUGCGAAGUUACCGAAACUUUUCUGCACAGCCAUGCAGAAUAAGGAAAAUGAACCGAGAGGUCUGCAGAGACCGUUUGCUACGCCAAGCAUGCUGGAGGGUCCACAGCGUGUUCUGGUGGAGCCGCGCAAAGAGAGCAGAAAUACCGUCACAGGCCCUGGGAGAGAAUGUACCAGUUCAUCCUCCAGUUCAGCUUCACGGAAAAUCAGCAUCGACGACUUCGACAUCGGCCGGCCUCUUGGAAAGGGCAAGUUUGGUAACGUCUACCUGGCCCGGCUGAAGGAACCUCAAGCCAUCUUGGCGCUGAAGGUUCUGUUCAAGUCGCAGAUGGAGAAAGAAGGCGUGGAGCAUCAGCUCAGGAGGGAGAUCGAGAUCCAGUCACAUCUCAAGCACCCGAACAUCCUUCGCUUCUACAAUUAUUUCCACGACCAGAAGCGGGUGUUCUUGGUGCUGGAGUACGCUCCGCGCGGCGAGAUGUACAAAGAGCUGCAGCGAUGCGGACGGUUCGACGACCAGCGCACGGCCACGUACAUGGAGGAGAUAUCGGACGCGCUGCUGUACUGCCACCAGAAAAACGUCAUCCACCGCGACAUCAAGCCCGAGAACCUGCUGCUGGGUUACCGCGGCGAGCUGAAGAUCGCCGACUUCGGCUGGUCGGUUCACGCGCCGUCUCUCAGACGCCGGACCAUGUGCGGGACGCUGGACUACCUCCCUCCAGAGAUGGUGGAGGGACACACGCACAGCGAGAAGGUCGACCUGUGGUGCAUCGGCGUCCUCUGCUACGAGUGUUUGGUGGGCAACCCUCCUUUUGAGACCGCCAGCCACACGGAAACGUACAAGAGGAUCACAAAGGUGGAUCUGCAGUUCCCGAAGAACGUCUCGGACGGCGCCCGGGACCUGAUCUCGAAGCUGCUCCGCCACAGCCCCACCGCCCGCCUCCCCCUGAGGAGCGUCAUGGACCACCCCUGGGUCCGCAGCAACUCCCACCGGCUGCUGCCCCCCGGCUACCCCGGCAAGACGUCCUGAGUCCCCCCCGCCCCGCCCCGCCCUGUUUUUAAUCUGGACUCCUCCAAAGACUCGAGGAAGCGCAGCAGGGUUCACUUCACAGCCGCUGGCUCAGUUCACCGCUUCACACAGUUAUCCUUCUGUCUUCUGUCACGUCUGUUUCCUGUUCCAUUCUUGUUCUUUUGAGUUGUUCUCGCCUGAAG